AUGGAUCUUGCAACUUUUAACAAUAUAAUAAAUGACAUAUCUUCUGAAGACAAUCAGAAGAGAGCAGAAGCUGAGAAGAAAUAUGAAGAAUUGGCUUGUGAUGCGAAGGCUCAUUUCUUAUUCCAAUUAUAUCAACAAACAGAAGCCUCAAUAGAGGUUCGCAGCACAUGCCUCGUCCUCUUGCGCCGACUUUUAUCGAAUAAUUUCACUGAAAUCACCGAAGCAGUUGGACGCGACAAACUUAGCGAGUUUUCAAAUGAAGUUCUUAAUGCUAGCAUGAAAGAGACAGUUGUAUCCCUUAGAAAAAAAUUAAGCGACGUGAUCGCUGAGUUGGCUCGUGAAAUGAUUGAUGAAGAGAGUGGUGCUCAGAAAUGGCCAGCAGUCAUAACAUACAUUGAUCACUGCUCCAAAUCAGAAGACGUCGAGUUAAAACUCUCCGCUAUGCUUUUGAUCGAUGCUGUUCCAAAUGUGUUUGGUAACGAACAAGAAAGAUACUUACAAGAGAUUAAGCAAAUGAUCAGAGCUUGUCUUGUUCAUCCUUCUGCCCCUGUAAGAUCUGCUGCAACUAAAGCUUUUGUAUCUUUCCUGACUUUCAAUGAAGAUGAUGAUAAGCUGGUGAAAGGUUUUUCUUCAGAUGUACCUGCCAUUCUUGAAGUCUGUAGUCAUGUUGUAAGUACCGAAGAGGAUGAUGAUGGUCCUUUACAAGCUUUGGCUGAUCUUGUCUCUACAACGCCCAAAGUUGUUAUCCCACAUAUUGAUGCUAUUGUUGUGCUCUGUUCCAAGAUAAUUGAAAACGCUGAAGUGGAUGAGUGCUAUCGUAAUUCAGCCAUGGAAGUUUUGACCAGUCUCUGCGAAACUGCACCAAACUCUAUUAAAAAACGCGCACCACAUGUCAUACCUGUUAUUUUGCAAUCAGCUUUGAUUCUUAUGACUGAACUUGAUGAUUCAGUCGAGGAUUGGCUUCUUGUAGAUGAUGUCGACGAAGGAGAUAUUGAAGAAGAUGUUGCUGCUGUUGGAGAAACCUCACUGGAUAGGAUAUCAUGCGCUCUUAAUGGAAAAGCUAUUCUUCAACCGUUCUUUGAAGCCAUUGAAAAGCUACUGGCUGACGGUGACUGGAGAAAGCGUCAUGCAGCCCUCAUGGCUAUUUCAGCUGUUGGUGAGGGAUCGAAACGUGCCAUGGAGCCUUUGAUUGAAAAAGUUGUCGAUACUGUUGCUCCUUUCCUGCAAGAUACCCAUCCUCGUGUUCGCCAUGCUGCUUGUAAUGCCAUGGGUCAGAUGGCUACAGACUUUUCUCCUAACCUCCAGAAGAAAUGUCACGAGAAAGCUAUUGGCGGUCUCCUCAAUCUCUUGAAUGACACUUCUUGCUACAGAGUCUGUGCUCAUGCCGGAGCUGCUCUUGUUAAUUUCAGUGAAGAUUGUCCUCAACAGGUUAUCACUCCUUAUCUUCCUGCUAUCAUGCAGAAGUUGGAAUAUGUCCUUGAAACGACCUUCUCUAUUCUUCAAGAAAAGGGAAAUAAAGUUGUACUCGAGCAGAUUAUCACAACCAUUGCUUCUGUUGCUGAUGCUGCGAAGGAAGUUUUUGUUCAAUUCUACGAUAGGCUCAUGCCUCCUUUGAAGUAUAUUCUUCAACAUUCGGGGGAUAAUAAGUUCAAAAUACUUCGUGGAAAAACUAUAGAAUGUAUUUCUCUCAUUGGUUUGGCUGUAGGAAAAGAGAAAUUUGGCAAUGAUGCCGUUGAAGUCAUGCAAAUUUUGAGCACAUCAAUGCCUGAUCUUGCUCCUGAUGAUCCACAAUGCAGUUAUAUGAUUAGUGGAUGGACCAGAAUUUGCCGAGUUCUGGGACCUGAUUUUGCACCAUAUUUGCCAUUAGUUAUGGAUCCCAUAUUGAGAGCUGCUAGCUACAAUCCACAGAUUGCUCUUAUCGAUGAGGAAGAUGCUCAAGAAGAUGACGGAACAUGGCAAUACACCGCUCUAGGAGACAAUAAAGCGUUUGGAAUUAAAACCUCUGGAUUAGAAGAGAAGGCAACAGCCUGCGAGAUGAUUGUUUGUUAUGCCCGAGACUUGAAAGAAGCUUUCAUUCCAUAUAUCGAAAAAAUUAGCGAGAUGGUUAUUGAACAUUUGAAGUUCAUGUUCCAUGACGGAGUACGUGCUUCAGCGGCUGAAACUAUGCCUCGAUUAAUAGAAUGUGUCCAAUCACAGGGUGUUCCUGCCAUGAGAACUCUUUGGGAUGCGUUUUUCCCAGCGCUUGUCGAAGCUGCUAAAAAAGCUGACGAAGAAGAAGCCGAAGUUCUUGCCGAAAUUCUCAAUGCUAUUGCAGAAUGUGUUUCACUUCUAGGAGCUGAGGGUCUUGCGGCUUCGGACAUCGAGAAAAUAGGAAGCCUCUUGAAAAUAGAGCUGGCUAAGUAUGAAGAGAGAAGGUUGGAGCGGGAAGCUGAAGAAGCAGAUGAAGAUGAAGACGCCGAAGAAGCUAAAGAGUUUCUUGAUGAAGAGAUGGAAUCAGAAGCAGCUGUCAUGGGAAGAAUAAGUGAUAUCAUUCACGCUUGUUUUGAAGUGUUGGGCGAGAAUUUCUUCCCAUAUGUUGAAGGAAUAUUACCGCAGAUUGCCAAUCAAUUAGAUGUCAAACGAUACUACUCUGAUCGCCAAUGGGGCAUCUGUAUUCUCGAUGACGUCAUUGAAUUUGCUACUUCCAGAAUUGUCAGUCAUCAGCAACACUUUGUCACUCUCCUCCUGAAGGGAUUGACAGAUGAAUAUGCUGAAGUUCGCCAAGCUGCCGCCUAUGGAUUGGGAGUUAUGGCUUUGAAGGGUGGACCUGAAUUCCACGAUUCCGUUGUUACUGCUCUUGAGCCAUUAGCCGUCAUGAUAAAUAAGCCAGACGCUCGGGCAACAGAAAAUAAUGCUGUGGCCACUGAGAAUGCCAUCGCCGCUGUUGCUAAGAUUCUCAGGCACGUAAAUGUUAAAAUAAACGUUGAUCAGGUUAUACCCACUUUCUUGGGAUGGCUUCCAACAUACGAAGAUGAGGAAGAAUCAAUUCAUAUCUACUCUUAUUUAUGCGAUCUAAUUGAGAGUAAUAAUCCUGCUUGUCUGGGAACUGACAACUCGAACUUGCCUCAUAUUCUUGACAUCAUUUUGACGGCUUUCAUCAUGGGAGCAUUCAAUGACGAGGCUGCGGAAGUUAAAGGCAGACUUGUCAAUAUUUUGAAAAUGAUGCAGCAGAAUAAUGUUCUUGAACGAAUCUUCUCGACAAAUCCUUUGGACGACGAAAAACGAUCAAAAUUGCAAGAACUUCUCUCAGCUUAA